AUGGAUCUCAUCGAUGAUCGUGCAAUCCUUGACAACGAGGAUGAUGACGAGUCCUUUGACGAAGAUACGGGUGAGGUGAAGGAGAAGACAAACGGAACCAACGGUGGCUUCGAUGACUCCUCGGACGAGGAGGAGGACGAUGACGACGAAGAGGCCGCUGCGGAGGUCGCUAAAGACUUCAUCGUCGAUGAAGACGAAGAAGACGAAGAAGCCCGCCGAGAGAGACGACGCGAGCGAAAGAAACGGCGCCGCGAGGAACGUGAAGAUGAAGGGCUUGAUGAAGAAGAUCUCGAGCUGAUCGGAUUGAAACCCAAUGAGGGGGCACCCGAACCCAAAUUCAAACGACUCAAACGUGGUCCACGCGAAGAUCGAGAUGUUCAACAGAUCUCCGGCGUUAACGCCAUAUUCGGUCAGUCCGACGAGGAGGAUGACGCACCCGAUUACACUCGUCGAAGUCGUCCCGAUCGCCGGGGGUUGCAGGAUGAGUUUGAUGAUUUUAUCGAAGAAGAUGUGUUCUCCGACGAGGAGCAGCAGCGACAGCGCGAGGACGAAGAGGUGGCGCGGCCAAAUCGAAGAGGUAUCCCAGACUUGGGUAUCGCAGAUGCAGCUGGCCUCGAUGAACAGGCUCUAGAAGACUUCCGUGCUGCCUUCGGUGAUGGGACUGAUUACGACUUUGCUCUGGAAAAAGAGGAAGAGGCAGAUGAAGUUGAGGCCGAAAAGGACAAACAUCUUGACCUCAAGGAUGUGUUUGAGCCAUCGCAGCUAGCCGAGAAGAUGUUGACUGAGGAGGACAAUGUCAUUCGGUAUGCCGAUGAGCCAGAACGACACCAACUUGCCAGAAAGCCGUAUCGGCAUGUUGAACUCACAGAGGACGAGUUCAAAGAGGAAGCCGGCUGGAUAUCUAAUCUCAUGCUUCCGGGUAAGCAGUUCACCUCCGACCUUCACGAACCUUUCAGGCGAGCCAUCGCACAAGUUCUGGAGUUCAUGGUCCGAGACGACUACGAGGUUCCCUUCAUAUUCCAGAAUCGCAAGGACUAUCUUCUCCACGUUGUCCAGAAAGUCGUUGGAAGGGAUGAAGAUGGCAACGAACGGACAGUCGCAGACGCAACGCGAUUACUCGUCCAGCGCGAUCUAUGGCAGAUUUUUGAGCAUGACCUGAAAUACCGCGCUGUGAUUGAGAAGCGACAGGCACUGCAAAAGACUUAUGAGGAUCUAAAAUCCACUAAUAUCCCCGAGGACAGCACGUUUCAAGAAAUGCUACCUCUUGCAGCGACUAUGGAAGAACUUCAGGAUCUCCAGGACUAUCUAUAUUUCCAGUACGCAUCACAGCUCAAGGAUUUGGCGCUGACAUCCAACGGCGAGACGAACGGAAUCAACAUGUCCCAAAAAAAGGCCACCACGAAGACUGUGUACGAGGAGAUUCGAUCUUCAAAAGCCUUUGGGCUUGUCCGUGCCUUUGGCAUCACUGCCGACGGCUUCGCCCAAAACGCCGCUCGUCAAGGUAUCCGUACAUAUGCAGAAGAUCCCAGUGACAGCCCGGAGAAUCUAGCAGACACCAUGAUCGAUGAAGAGUUCCCGACGGGUUCCAAGGUUCUCAAAGCUGCAAAAUCAAUGUUCAUCGAGGAGCUGACGAACAAUCCAAGAUUUCGAGGGCUUAUCAGAAGGAACGUAUACAUCGAAGGUGUCAUAGAUUGUCACCGCACCGAAAAGGGUUUGAGAAAGAUCGAUGAGCAGCAUCCAUACUAUGAGUUCAAGUAUCUGCGGAACCAGGACUUUCGCUCAUUCUCCCAACGACCUGAUCUGUUUUUGAAGAUGCUGAAGGCCGAAGAAGAAGGGUUGAUUGAAGUCAAGGUCAAAUUGCAAACCCUCGAGAAUGUCAAGAAACAGUUCUACAAGUUUAUCGAAACCGACAACUACUCCACCAUUGCGGAUGCUUGGAAUGCGGAGCGGCGCGAAGUUGUCUCGGCCGCCGUAGAGAAAGUGAUGAAGCUUAUGGGUCGAUUGGUCAAAGAAAACCUCAAGGAACAGUGCGAGAACGCCAUUGGAAUCGAAUGCCGUGAGGAAUUUAACCAAAGACUUGAUCAAAGCCCUUAUCAGCCCAGAGGUAUGAAGAAGGGUACAACACCUCGCGUUCUCACAUUGUCCAAUGGUGGCGGAGCCGUUGGUCGCGAUUUGAUCUACUGGGCAUAUGUCAACGACGACGGCAGAGUCCUCGAACACGGUCGGUUUAAGGAACUUGGCCCUGGUGAUCGUGAGCGUAACAUCCCGGACGGUAAAGAUGUCGAAGCGCUGCUUGAGGUCAUCCGACGAAGAGAACCCGAAGUCAUUGGAGUGUCAGGCUGGAGCCCUGAAGCCCGCAAGCUGCAGUCAAACCUUGCAACGUUGGUCCAAAAUCAUGACCUUCGAGGUCCGGUGUUCUCCGAUGAGGAUGACAGAGACCGGAGCGAACUUUUGGAGGUGAUCAUUGUCAAUGAUGAGGUCGCUCGAAUGUAUCAAACGAGUGACCGAGCGAAGCACGAUCAUCCUGGAUUCCCACAACUGGCUCUCUACUGUGUUGCUCUGGCGAGGUAUAUGCAAGACCCUCUGAAAGAAUACGCCGCAUUGGGACGAGACAUCGUAUCGAUCAGUUUCCAUCCAGCUCAGAACCUCCUGCCUCAAGAGAAGCUCCUGAAGAAGCUUGAAAUGGCUCUGGUCGACACUGUUAACAUGGUCGGGGUGGACAUCAACGAAGCCACAAGCGACAGUGCCAUUGCAAAUCUGUUGCCGUAUGUGGCUGGUCUGGGUCCUAGGAAAGCCUCCCAUCUCCUGAAGGUGAUGAAUUUGAAUGGAGGAUUCAUUACCACUCGUGAAGACCUGCUCGGUCUUAAUGAAAAACACCAGGCAAUGGGAUUCAAAGUGUGGAGCAACGCGGCAGCCACAUUAUACAUCCCCUUUGAGCAAUCGGAACCUACAUCAGAGUACCUAGACGGAACGCGCGUCCACCCUGAAGACUACGACAUUGCUCGCAAAAUGGCCGCCGAUGCCCUCGAACUGGACGAGGAAGAUAUCGAAGCUGAGCGACAAGAGGGAGGGUCUGCUGCUAUCGUACGCCGCCUUAUCCGAGAAGAGGCACAAGAACGAGUCAAUGAUCUUGUCCUCGAAGAGUAUGCUGAACAACUGGAGAAAAAUCUCAACGCGAAGAAGCGUACCACAUUGGAAAACAUCCGUGCUGAACUCAACGAGCCUUACGAGGAACUCAGAAAUCCGUUCCGCAGCAAUCUGGGAGAAUCGGAGAUCUUCACAAUGUUCACAGGUGAGACAAGGGAAUCUCUGCAACGAGGUAUGAACGUCCCAGUCUCUCUGAAGCGGAUCACAGAUACCCACAUCGAGGGAAAAUUGGAUUGUGGCUUGGAUGCAGUCGUCGAGGAUGGCCAAUGGUCGGAAACUGGAAUGUCGCCGAAGCAAUUAUACACCCUGCACCAGACUGUGCAAGCUCAUAUUACCUCCAUCAAUCGAAAAGACUUCACGGUCACCGUGAGCCUGAGAGAUGACCAGCUGAAGAAGCCCUUCAAACGAUUCAACCACAACGACCGCAAUUACGACGAAUGGGAUGACCGCGAAGAGGCACAAGACAAAAAGCUUUUGGAAGAAAAGACAGAUUUGGGGAGCCGCGCCACUCGCGUAGUCAAACACCCCCUCUUCCGGCCGUUCAAUGCCAAGCAAGCAGAAGAGUAUCUGGCCAACCAAAACCGUGGCGAUGUUGUGAUCCGACCGUCGUCCAAGGGGACCGACCAUCUGGCAGUGACAUGGAAAGUUGCGGAUGGUAUUUUCCAGCAUAUUGACGUACUUGAACUCGACAAGGAGAACGAGUUUGCUUUGGGCAGGACUUUGCGAAUCGGUGGGCGAUACAACUACUCUGACCUGGACGAGUUGAUCGUGCUGCACGUCAAAGCCAUGGCGCGGAAAGUGGACGAGAUGUGUGGCAACGAGAAGUUCCAGGACAAGUCCAAGGCGGCACUAGAGGAAUGGCUGACCACAUACACCAACGCGAACCCCAAACGGUCCAUGUAUCAGUUCUGCAUCAAUCGAGAUCGACCAGGGCAAUUUCACCUGGUGUUCAAGGCCGGACAGAAUGCGAAACUGAUGGACUGGAGUGUCAGAGUGAUCCCACAAGGAUUUGAAUUGAUGAAGCAACCGUAUCCCACAAUGCGCGACUUGUGCAACGGGUUCAAGCUCAUCUUCCAGAACAUGCAUCAAGCAGCGGCUAUGGGCAGAGGGGCCAGGAGAUGA